AGAAAAAAAAAAAAAAAAGGUAGUUGAAAAACUCAUUGCAGAUUUUGGGAGUAUACUUUAAAAUGAUUUGAAAUGGCUCAGCUCAAGCAGAUCUAUGUUCAUCUCCUCAACUAAGGGAAAGAAAGGCUUACACAGAUGGAAGUCAAUGGAAAGCAAUCACCAGAGAAGUAUGCUGUCGUCACAGGAGCAAACAAGGGCAUUGGCCUUGAGACAGUGAGGCAGCUAGCUUCUCAAGGCGUGACGGUGGUGCUGACGGCUAGAGAUGAGAAGAGAGGGAUAGAUGCAACAUCUUCUCUGCAUAAAAUGGGUUUAACAAGUGUAGUUUUUCAUCAACUUGAUGUUUUGGACCCAAUUAGUAUUGAGUCCUUAGCCAACUUCAUCAGGGACAGAUUUGGAAGGCUUGACAUCUUGGUUAACAAUGCUGGAGCCUCUGGAGUUGUGGUUGAUGAGGCACGCCUAAGGGCCUUAAAUAUAGAUCCUGAAACAUGGCUUUCAGGCAAGGCAAUUAACAUGAUUCAAGAGGUGAUUAAAACAACUUAUGAGAAGGCUGAAGAAUGCUUAAACACUAAUUACUUUGGUGUCAGAAGAGUAACAGAAGCUCUCCUUCCACUUCUUCAGCUUUCCACUUCAGGGGCCAGGAUAGUUAAUGUCUCAUCUCUCAGGAGUGAGCUAAGGAGAAUCCGAAGUGAAGAACUUAGAAAUGAACUUAAUGAUAUAGAGACACUAAAUGAAGAGAAACUGGAAGCAAUAUUGAAGAGAUUUUUGCAUGACUUGAAAGAGCAUAGACUUGAAGCUGGUGGAUGGUCAUUAAUGCUACCAACAUAUAGCAUCUCCAAGGCCACCCUUAAUGCCUACACUAGAGUUCUUGCCAAGAGGUAUCCUAAUAUGCUCAUAAACUGUGUUCAUCCUGGCUAUGUCAACACCGAUCUCAAUUGGCAUACAGGACCGAUGACUGUGGAAGAGGGAGCUAGAGGUCCUGUAAAGUGUGCUCUUCUACCAAAUGGAGGCCCUACUGGUUAUUAUUAUGAUCAAACUGAAGUUGCAGGCUUUUGAUCACCUUGCAGUUUUCUCGUCACAAUUCUCAAUUUCUUUUUCUCAUCUUGUGAUUUGGAUGCUACCAAAACACUACCUGGCUAUGAGCCUCUUUUAACCCCAUAAAAGAUGGGGACAGUAAUAGUUUUGGUUGUUCUUAGAAUAUGAUGGCUCUAGAUAAUAAAACCCAGUUUAGCAUUAUAGCAUAUUCCUAUUUUUGGUUGACAACCAGUUUUUUAA